AUGUGGGAAAGGUAUCGGCCACGACAACCAAAGGAUACGUGUGAAGGUUCAUUAGACUCUUCUGGAAGAAUGUUUAGUUACAAGGAGUUGAAGAUUGCAACAAUAAAUUUUAAGUCUAAGCUGGGGAGCGGAGGGUUCGGCUCAGUGUUCAUAGGAUCUCUAGCAGAAGGCACGCUUGUGGCAGUAAAGAAAUUAGAAGGUUCAAAACAACAUGAGAAGCAAUUCCGAGCGGAAAUCAGUUCUCUUGGCAGCAUACAACAUGGGAACUUGAUCAGGCUUCGAGGGUUUUGUGCUGAAGGAUCCGAAAGUUUGCUGGUUUAUAAUUACAUGCCAAAUGGCUCUCUAAAUUCCUUGCUGUUCAAAAGUAAACCAAAGGUCCUCGACUGGAAGACCCGAUUCCAGAUCGCUUUAGGCUUUCUCGAUGAAAGUAACCCCAAAAUUAAACCAAAGGUACUGGACUGGAAGAGCCGAUUCAAGAUAGCUUUAGGCACUGCACGAGGUUUAGUAUAUCUCCACGAGGAGUGCAGAGAUUGCAUCAUUCAUGGAGAUAUAAAGCCCGAGAACAUUCUUCUGGAUGGAAAUUUUUCACCCAAGUUAGCAGAUUUUGGGUUGUCAAAGCUUGUGGGUAGAGAUUUCAGCAACGUACUCACAACCACAAGAGGAACGAGAGGUUUUGGUAUAACGCUCUUGGAAAUAAUUUCUGGCCGAAUAAGUCUGGAUUUAAGCGUGCAAGAUUCUAAUCAGUAUUACUUUCCUGCAUGGGCUGCAGCUCAAAUUUGCCAGGGGAAGAUGAUUAAUAUUGUGGACGAAAAUGUUGCAGCGGAGGCAGAUGUUAAAGAGGUGAGAAGAGCAAGCGUUGUAGGGUUGUUAUGCAUAGAAACGGAGGAGGAGAAGAGGCCAAGUAUGGAACAAAUAAUGCGGAUGGGGGAAGGGAAGAUGGAACCUCAAACUCUGCAGAUGCUGAAUUCUGCAGUCGUAGAAAACCAAGCCAACCGAACGGAGACCGAGUCUGAUAGCGAUAGCAAUGAUAGUGUCUUUAUUCAUUUCCUAUUUGUCUCUAUUGGCAUUGUGUUGUUUUAA